AUGUCAGUUGAUCUCCCAGAGCAGGAGCUCGUGGCCUCAGCCCCCAUCAGAGUUCGAAGUGGGGGCACAACCAAGACUGUGAACAGAAGAGCGUACCGAAUAAAGGGCAAGAACGGCACGACAUACCUGGCUUCACAGGAUAGCAAGGGGCGAAUGUAUAUGGUGGAUCAAGCUGGAAACCUGUACUACGACUCUGGGUUGCCACAGAUCGGGUGGUACAUAGUGGAUCCUAAGGGCAAGGUGUACAAUCUGUAUGAAACGAGUGGGGGAGUCGAGUCCAAGUAUGUGGGCAACAUCUCUGAUAUAAAGAAGUACGAUGUGAAUGGGAUUCUGGGAAUGGACAUACCCACUGCCCCCAUUUAUGCAUUUGAGGACGACUCAAUUAGUGUGCCACCAAAGGAUAUUCCCUUUGAAGAAAUGAUCACCAGUGAUGGACAGAAGAAG